CACCAGGAGUUGCUUGUUGCCCGUACACUUGAAUAGAAGGUUGGAUUCUGCUGAAGCCAUGUGGUUCUGGCUGGUCGUCGUCUGCUGGGUUCAUUGCCGAGGGCAGGAACUUUCCAGAGAAGAAGUUUUAUCGUGGUUCCGAGGCCGCGUUCUGGACAGUCUGGGACUGCGGGGGGCACCCCGUGUGGAUGGAGGCAAGGUGCAGGCAAUACCUCGGAGGGUUCUAGGAAUCAGUCAAAGACAGCUGGCGGACGACCGCAGCCAAUCGAGCCUGGAGAUUAUUCUUUUUCCCGUUUCUGACUCAUGUGACCAGAAUCACCUCACAUAUCACUUCCAGCCGUCUGACCGAUACCAGCUCGUCUGGUCGGCCCACUUCUGGUUCUAUGGAGGCACAGUCAACUCUUCGGCUUCGCUCUUUAUCCUCACGUCUGAUGGGAAGCUUCUUCAGGGUUUAAAUCCUCCGUCAAAAAGCAGCCCAGAUGGAUGGAUGAUCUUCGACGUCAAUCAGAGCCUGCGGACACCCUUGGUUUCGGGUCCUUUCCUUCUCCGAGUGCUUUGUUCAAAUUGUCAUUGUCACACCGAGGGGGCUGACAAUAUGCCCUUUCUCCACCUGCAUGCUCGACCAGGUUCGGCCCGUACCCCCAGAAGCGUGCCGGGCCCCAUCCCAUGGUCCCCCUCAGCCGUUGACCUACUCCAGCGGCCCUCACAGGAGAGGCUGCAGGACUGCGGGCGAGCUGAAGUGCAGAUCAGCUUCCAGGAGCUGGGCUGGGAUAAUUGGAUCGUGGACCCCGAGGUGCUGACAUUCUACUACUGCCACGGAAACUGUUCUGCCCCCGAUCGAACCAGCACUGUUCUUGGGAUCAGGCAGUGUUGCGCCCCAGUGCCCGAAACUAUGAGGUCCCUGCGCAUCAUCACGACAUCUGAUGGUGGCUACUCAUACAAGCAUGAGACAUUGCCGAACAUUAUCCCUGAAGAAUGUACCUGCGUCUGAAGGGCAAGACUCAUAACAAAGAAGACCAU